AUCCGCGUAAGACCUUGCGCAUUUUCCUGGUAAUUUUGUUGCACGAUCUCGAACGAGAGAGAGAGAGAGAGAGAUAGAAAAAAAAACGAAGAAUGAACGGUCGUCGUUCACAAGCGUGAUAAACACAAGAGUUUAAGCCAAGAAUGAGCUGUUCCGUUGAAUUGCGUCAGCGCAGGCCGUCAGGGAUGGCGGAGGAUCCUCAUAAACUCGCAGCGAUGAUGAAUAAAUCUCAAAGACUUAUACUGGGACUUUUGGUUCUACUACUGGUCGAUAUAAUUUGGGUUUCCAGUUCUGAACUCACUAAAUACAUUUACAGGGAUGCAACUUUCGAAAAGCCAUUUUUUAGCACAUACAUAAGAACAUCUAUGUUUACACUUUAUUUGCUCGGCCUAUGCUUCUGGCCACCCUGGCGAGAACAAUGCAAUAAACCUGCAACAUACAUGUUUAUAGAUCCCAAUGUUGAGGAUGACAACUUCUAUCCCGAGGCCAAUACGAGCCUAAGCGACCCGACGUUUGUUCCAAUAAAAACUCCAGAUCAUUGUGAUCGCUCCUCGGGUACGGAGAGUGACGAUUCGUCUAUACGUUCUGUGAGAUUUAGUAAACUGGCGGAGGUACGUCACAUGUCGGAAAGCGAUGCCACGGAGGCUUUAUUGGCGCGACUUAGUUAUCAAGCCAGUAUUAGAGCUGGCGAACACGCUAGGCGACAAGCAAAUAAAUUUUCUGUACAAAAAGUGGCGAAAAUAGCUCUCAUGUUUUGCCUAUUUUGGCUCAUGGCAAAUUACACAUACCAGAUAUCAUUGGAACAGACUGAAGCUAGAAUUGUGACCGUUUUGUCCUCGACAUCUAGUUUAUUCACGUUGUUUCUUGCUGCGUUUUUUCCUAGCAACGGAGGAGAUAAGUUUACGUUGUCCAAGUUAACCGCUGUAUUUGUUAACAUCCUUGGAUUAGUUUUAGUCGGUCUUUCCGAUUUAACUGUUGAAAAUAGUAAUAUGUCAACGGGCAUAAUACUAGCUCUAGUCAGUGCUUUUUUCUAUGCUGCAUAUAUUGUAUUUUUAAAAAGAAAAGUAGACCACGAAGACAAAAUGGAUAUACCAAUGUUUUUUGGUUUUGUGGGAAUAUUCAACUUGACGCUUCUCUGGCCUUUAUUUUUUAUUCUUCAUUAUGGCCAUUGGGAAGAAUUUGAAUGGCCCAACAGUCACCAGUGGACAUUUAUAAUCAUAAAUGGCCUGAUUGGUACUGUUUUGAGUGAAGUUUUGUGGCUAUGGGGUUGUUUUUUGACGUCGUCUCUCAUUGCAACAAUGGCUGUUAGUUUAACAAUGCCGAUGUCAAUGGUAGCCGAUGUUCUCUUGAAAAAAGUUGAAUAUCCUUGCAUUUUCUACUUGGGAAGCAUUCCGAUGUUUUUGGCAUUCCUUAUGGUAUCCCUUUUAUCUUAUUACGAUAACUGGGAUCCUGUUAUGGAUUUGAUAAAGAGGUUUUACGUCUGGAUUUGCAGAAAAAAUAAUCGAUCAGCAAGAAUUCCCGAUCUUGAAGCAGAACAAACCGAGUCUUUGAUAGGAAUAGAUGGCGGUGAUCAUGAAGCAUAAUAAGACAAUAAUUGAGUUGAAAACGAGAUUAGAUCGUCUCGUUGUCAUCUCAUCGUGUUACGUGUAUUAAUCGUAAAUAAGGACUUAAUUAAUGAGCACAUGAUUCUUAUAUGUGCUAGCCUUCAUCGAUCAUGAACAUCCCGUCUUUAUUCAUCUCAGUGUAAGUUGUUUUUAUCGUUACGGAGUUACAUAACAGUAAUCAAGAUUCUACACGUUCUCUUCAUUCGUGUCACUUUUACUGAUCUUUAUUUCUUCUGCGCUAAACACAAAAGAGUAUUGAUAUUACUGCCGGACAAUAACGUAUUUGCGAAUCAAUUUGUAAACACAAAAUACGAUUAACAGGCGCUUUAUUUGUUCGAACUCAUUGCGCAUCUCUCGGAAACUACCUCUUUGCAUUUCGUACCAAGUCCUGUGAGAGAAAACAUUGUUUUUCGUAAACAAACCGUACCUACUUGUAAAGAUCCAGGUAUGUAAUUGUUGUCUCGAGACUCUAUAGCUUCGGAUCUUGACGCUCUUGUAUUCUAUUGCGCAACUGAAUUCAAAGAGCAAAUAAAUCAGUGUCUUUACUGAAAUUACCUGUACAUAAUAUAUGUAAUAAGAGUUGGUUGAAAAACAAAAAAAAAAUCAAAGAAAUAUUUGUUUGUAAAAUUGUACUUUUCCUAAACAAUAAUAUUUUUUAUGCUAUUAAGGCUUUAUAUUAUUGUAACAAUGCGUUGAUUACUCUAUAAAAUAACCUAUCGAAGUCACAGAUGGCGUAUCUCGACACGUAGCAAAGAAGCUUUCACGUAAAUUUCACGGGAAAUUACUAACACACACACACACAUACACACAUUCCUGUACUUAUUGUUUUUAUAAUAUUCGGAUAUAAGUUAGACACACAAAACUAUACAUUAUAAAAUGUGAGAUAUAGCUUCAAUAAGAAUGAAUGAAAAACGCUAAAUACUUUUGGACCAAUUAAAAAUUUUUGAUGACAAAAAAAAAAGACGUCAUCGUGUAGAAUAAGAGAUCGACAGAACGAGAUCGAAAUUUUACAUUCGACGUGAAUAAUACAAUUCGAUUUACAUUAUAUACAUAUAUAUAUAUAUAUGUAUAUAUAUACAGAGUGUCCCGUAAUUGCCGUCUCACCGCUU